AUGACUACUUUCAUGACUCCAGCCUCUGGGCUUCAAGCGAGCGUCAAGAGGCAUCCAGAUCUGGCACUGUUCAAGAUCCCAGAGCAGUCUCCCCAAGGCACAAAGUUCAAAGAUGUUUCCUUUGCUCAGUUUGAGAGAGAUAUCAAACAGACGGCGAAAUAUUGGAAGGACAAGCUUUCUAACAUAGGUGUUGAAGACAGGGCUGUUGUCGGUGUCUGGCUGAGGGGUUAUGCCUACUCCGACACCGUCCAUAUCCAGGGUCUUAACUGGGCGGGAUACAUCCCUCAGCUGCUAUCUCUGCGCAUGACAGAUCCCACUGUCAUCUAUGAGCUCCUGCAAAAGUCCAACGCGGUGGCCUUAUUGCAUGAGCCAGACAACACUUCUCUCUUGAAGGAUAGCCCAGUGCCGACAUUCCCAGCGGGGGUUAACCACUUCGACACGGAUACAGCGCAACUGUCAGUGAUCCCUUGGCAUCCCAGAAAUGAAGAUGAUGUGCUCUUCAUCUAUCACACGUCUGGCUCGAUUUCAGGAAUACCAAAGCUCGUACCCCUUACUGCGCGAUGGGUUGACUACACCUUAGAAAUGUCAACAUACUUUGAGGAGCGGUCAAACAAAAAGAGGGAGAGGAUGGUCAGUGUCCAUAUGGGAAGCUUCUGCCACCUUGCCGGAUCUGCCCUCAGCUGGAUUGCCGCUAAAGAGGGCUCAUGCAUCAUCAUCCCAAGUACCCUCCCUGCUCCAGUCCCUGAAGUGCGUACCAUGCUUGACGAGCAUGGCUUGACAUGUGUGUGCAUGUUCCCGCCUGCUCUAUCGGCCCUGUUCAAUGAAGCACGCAAAGAUCCAUCUCUCCUGGCUUCUCUGAAAAAGGUUGACAAUGCAGGCUCUGGCGGGUUGACCCUCGAUGUUGCAGAUUUGGAAUGGGCGCGUAAGAACGGGAUCCCAAUGUUUAAUGUCUUUGGUUCCACAGAAAUGGGCAUUGCUUUGAUGACAGAUGCUCGGAAGAACGACGAUUACCUUGAGUGCCACCCUUCUGCCAAAAUGGAGUUCAUCCCCAUCGGAGAUACGCUGGCGUCAGGUGAGCAACUACUUGAGCUGGUUGUGCCCCCUGAGGCGCUCAAUUGCCCGGUCCCCAGCUUUAGGUCUGCUGAUGGCAAGUUUCACUCAGGCGACUUGUUCGUUGAGGCCAAGCCUGGCAAGUACUUUUUCAGGGGACGCAAUGACAACUGGAUCAAGAUGGAAGCCUCCCUGCGAUGCGAUACCAUGUCUAUAGAAGCUAAUGUCAUGGAAACCUGUGGCGAGGAUCUUGUCAGCGCCGUGGUUGCUGUCGGUGUCGGACGCCCUUGUCCAACUAUAAUUGUUGAGCCAAAGGAAGAGUUUCUGCCAGGUCACAAUGAGGGUUCGACGCAGCAGUUGAAGGAGGAUAUUCUGAAGAGGAUCACCCCAUUCCAUAAGCGAAGGUAUACACAUGAGCGAGUCGAGGAUACGCGAUACAUCGUUGUUGUUCCACGGGGGACUCUUCCUAGAACCGCUACAAAGGGGAAUGUGCGAAGGCAGGAGGUUGAGAAGGGUUUCCAGACAGUCCUGGACGCUGUGUAUGUGAAGUAA